AUGGCUCAGGACAGCGACGUUCCCACGUCCGCGGCCAAGGGAAAGGGCAAGGCUGAGGAGACGCCCAAAGAUGAGAAGCCGGUUCUCAAUGGAAAGAAAGACGAAGGCGAGAAGAAGGACUCCACUGAGGAGGAGCUCUCCGAGGAGGACCAACAACUCAAGAAUGACCUGGACAUGCUGGUGGAACGCUUGACCGAAUCAAAUUCGUCGCUUUAUAAGCCGUCUUUAGAAGCUAUGAAGACCUCAAUCAAGACUUCUACGUCAUCGAUGACCGCCGUCCCCAAGCCCCUCAAGUUCCUGCGGCCACACUACGAGACCCUGACGAAGUUAUACGACACAUGGCCUGAGGGCCAGGACAAGACCUCACUCGCAGAUGUGCUCUCCGUGAUCGGUAUGACGUUUUCGGACGAGGAUAGACAAGACACCUUGAAGUACAGACUUCUUGCUCCAUCAUCUGAUAUCAGUUCUUGGGGUCACGAAUAUGUCAGGCACCUGGCUCUUGAGAUCGGGGAGGUGUAUGGCAAGAGAAUCGUUGCAGAUCAGCCAACGAAAGACCUUGUCGAACUUGCACAAAUCCUGGUACCGCUUUUCAUCAAGACCAACGCCGAGGCAGACGCUGUGGACCUCAUGAGUGAGUUGGAGAUCAUCGAGGAGAUCCCUAAGUUGGUGGAUGAGAAUACAUAUGCGCGUGUAUGUCUCUACAUGGUCAGCAUGGUCAAUCUCCUCACCUAUCCAGAUAACGAAACAUUCCUUCGCACCGCCCACACCAUCUACCUAGAGCAUAAGCAGUACACUCAAGCUAUGGUUCUGGCAAUUCGACUGCACGAUACAGAUUUGAUCCAGGCUGACUAUGCUUUGGUGGAGGAUCCUGCCCUGAAGAAACAGCUGGGAUUUCUAAUCGGCCGCCAAAAGAUCGCUAUCAUUGAGAUCGAGGCCAAUUCGGAGGAUGAGCAAGAGGAAGUCGAAUGCCUGUCGAAUAUGCGCCUGUCAGAGCACUUCAAGUCUCUUGGAAAGGAGCUGAACAUCCUGGAUCCUAAAUCUACCGAAGAUAUCUACAAGAGCCAUUUGGAGAGCAGCCGCGUCUCUGGCAUGACAAAUCUAGACUCAGCCCGCCACAAUCUCGCUGCUGCGUUUGUCAACGCAUUUGUCAACGCAGGCUACGGCAAUGACAAGAUGAUGUUAGUUGACGGUGACAAGGAAACCUGGGUUUGGAAGACGAAAGCGGAUGGCAUGAUGUCAACAGUUGCGUCAAUGGGCACGCUGCUGUUAUGGGACAUUGAAAACGGGCUUGACAAGAUCGACAAGUACACUUAUGCGACUGAACCUGAGAUUGCAGCAGGCGCCAUGUUGGCCAUCGGUAUAAUGAACUCGGGUGUGAGGAUAGAUUCUGAGCCCGCUCUUGCAUUAUUGGGCGAUGUGAACAAGCUUCACCACGCAAACCCACUCAUGCGCACUGCUUCUAUUCUGGGUCUCGGUCUUUCAUACGCCGGUUCGGACAAGGAAGAUCUGCUUGAACUGCUGGUUCCCAUAAUUUCGGACUCCAGUGAGUCCAUGCAAAUCUCGGCUAUGGCUGCUCUAGCCUGCGGUCUGAUCUUUGUUGGUUCUUCAAAUGCUGAAGUCAGCGAGGCCAUUGUGACCACGCUUAUGGAUGACGAGCGCAAGAGCCAGCUCACAGACAAGUGGACAAGGUUCCUUGCUUUGGGUCUGGGCCUUCUCUUCUUCGGGCGCCAGGAAGAGGUUGAUGUUAUUCUGGAGACACUGAAAGCCAUCGACCACCCCAUGUCACAAUCAACAGCCGUACUGGCUGAGAUUUGUGCGUGGGCUGGCACUGGGGCAGUUCUCAAGAUUCAAGAACUUCUUCACAUCUGUAACGAACACAAGGAGGAGUCGGAUGAUAAGAAAGGCGACGAACUGCUCCAGGCGUACGCGGUCCUCGGUAUUGCAGUUGUCGCCAUGGGCGAAGACGUUGGGCAAGAGAUGGUCUUGCGCCAUUUCGGCCACCUGAUGCACUACGGUGAACCCAACAUCAGAAAAGCAGUCCCUCUAGCAAUGGGUCUCAUCAGCCCUAGCAACCCCCAGAUGAAGGUUUACGACACGCUUUCGAGGUACAGUCACGACAACGACCCGGAAGUCGCUAUCAAUGCUAUCUUCGCCAUGGGCAUUCUUGGUGCCGGUACCAACAAUGCUCGUCUUGCCCAGCUGCUUCGACAACUGGCGAGUUACUACCACCGUGACCAGGACGCUCUCUUCAUGGUCCGAAUCGCACAGGGUCUGUUACACAUGGGCAAGGGCACACUAUCGCUCAACCCCUUCCACACUGAUCGCCAAGUUUUGUCCCAAGUGGCAGCUAGUGGUCUUCUAGCAACAAUGGUCGCCAUGAUCGAGCCCAAGGAAUUUGUGACAUCCAACUCGCACUACCUCCUCUACCUCCUCGUCACCGCCAUGCACCCCAGGUUCUUAGUCACUCUUAAUGAGAAGCUUGAACCUCUUAAGGUAAAUGUCCGGGUUGGUCAAGCCGUAGAUGUUGUUGGUCAAGCUGGCCGGCCGAAGACCAUCACCGGAUGGCAGACACAAAGCACACCUGUUCUCUUGGGACACGGUGAGAGGGCUGAGCUAGAAGAUGAGGAGUACAUUAGCCUCAACAGCACGCUUGAGGGUCUUGUGAUCUUGCGAAAGAACCCCGACUGGGAAGAGAACAAAUAA